GUGGCGUAGCCCUGGACGCCUGGAUGUUCCCUCUGGACGAUGAGAUCUUUCCCCGGGUGAAGCAGCCCAUCUUCUUCAUCAACUCAGAGAAGUUCCAGUGGGCGGGAAACAUCAGCCGAAUGAAGAAGCUGGAUUCAGCCGUCAUUCAGAGGAAAAUGAUCACCAUCAGGGGCACGGUCCACCAGAGUUUCCCGGACUUCACCUUCCUGACGGGGAACUGGAUCGGUAAGCUGAUGAAGCUGAAGGGAGAGAUCGACUCGCAGAUCGCCAUGGACCUGUGUAACCAAGCAACACUAGCCUUCCUGCAGCGCCAUCUAGGUCUACAUAAGAACUUCGAUCAGUGGGACGCUCUGAUCGACGGGCAAGAUCCAAACCUCAUUCAAGGAACUAACGUUACCGUGCUUCAGUCUGCCAUCUGAUCACCCCUGAACCUUGGUAGUCAGCUGAUCAGUCCAAAACGAUUUCAAGCCAGGUCUACUAAGCUUUCCAAACGGACAGAGAAUCAACAUUUUGGAGAAGGAAUCAAUAGCAAGGAUAUUCUCUACCUCAUCAGCAAGAGUGGGUUUGUUUUCCUCCAUGGAUAAAACACUCACUCAGCGUACCAGCGUUUGUUCCCUGAGGUCUGAAUGUUGCUGAACACUUCUUCUUUUCACUGUGACAUCUUCACCAUUAGCAGCCAUUUCUGUAGAUAUAGGCUUUCCAUAAUUUUAGAGUGUAUACAAAUUGAGAUGUCAUUUUAAAUGAUGUCUCUUUGGAUGUGACCUUCCAAAAGAGACCAGCUACUCUUUGAUUGCAGUGUGAUUACGGAAAAACGUCUACAAUGAGGUAGCCAACCAAUAGGUAUUGUUAACAAGAUUGAAGACUUGUAUGAUUUUAGAUAAAUUAUUAACCUAUCAUGAUAUCAAACUAAAUGUGUCCUUCCUGAUUCAACAGGAGCAGCUACACAGUAUGUAAAUAGAGAUCAUUAAAAGCUUUAACACUAAUAGGCUGCAUUGAGAUACCAUGUGCCUGAACUCGCAGUACUGUAAUUCCUGGGUCUCAGCCUUUCACUUUUAUACAUUAAAUGUCAUGUAACACAAAUCCAAUAAAUCUGCUUUGUAUACAAA